UGUUAAUUUCAGUGUGAGCCACUUUACAAACGGCAACUCAUAAUAUUUUGGUUAACUAAUAUCUGCUGUAAUUCCGUUUUGUUUUAUUCCCUUUUCAUUUGCUGCAGGCCGGUGGUGGUGGUACUGGUGACCUGGGUGGAGGUUUCCCCACUUCUGUGUGCUGUCUCCCCCCUGGGAUCGUGGGUGAUUUCAUAAACAUGGAUCCGAAAAUGUUGGAAUCGGUUCGCGUGGACAACGCGGUUUCUAAACUGCUGGAUGAAGAAGAAGAGAUGAAGAGAGAGGAAGACUCGCCUGACAACUGGUCCUCAUCAAUGCUCAGUCAGACGCCUGUAAUAAUCUAUCAAGACGCUACUGAGGUACCAGGCGCUCCACAGAAGAGCUGCCUGAUGUAUCUGUGCCGUACCCAGAUGCCGCCGUUAGGAACUCUGCAUGAAGAAUGGUCUCUACAACCGUGGAUGUCUGGAUCCUGGGGUUAUGUGUUCAAGUACGAGGUGGGCGAACUGUGUUUGUAUCAGCUGGGUGAUGGGGAAAGUCUGAGUCCCUCAACCAACAUGACGGUGUUGACCACCGAGGAUUGGGGAAUGAUGAUGAUGAUGUUAAGGAUGGCGGUUCCUAUGAAUAACAAAGAUGUGAGUGCGGAGAAGCCUAAUGAAGAGGACACAUCUGAUAAAGAGAAUGAGGAUGUUGAUGCGACGACGUCUGAGACAGGGUAUUGUUCAGAGGAAGAGGAGAAUAAGGAGGAGGAGGACGAGGAGGAGGAGAAAGAGGAGAACCGGAAGAGAGUGAAUAGUGAGAGUGAGAGUGAGAGUGAGAGUCCUCCUCAGGAAAAGCGUCCAAGAAUGGGUAUUCAGUUUGACGACAAUGAGUUGUCUAAGAUGAAAAUCAUCUUAGGGGCAUUAUGGCAAUCCAGGCCCACAGUCUCAGGCAAAUGGAUGACUCAUGCCAGUCUGCGUUCAGAAAAUUGGGAAGGGAAGAGAUCCGUCGACAUUUUUGUUUUGGAGAAACUUAAUCCUGACUGUGGGUUAUUCCGCACUGUCUUAGUCAUACCUACGACGGAAUGGCUCGACAGGAUGCUGGAGAUAAGGGAGAGGAUUUCAAACCUUUUCCAGAGCUGCCGCAACUGGAGAACAUCGAUGGUGGUGAGAACAUUUCUAAACUUUUGAGCUUUUUUUUCCUCUGGGAAAAAAACAGAAAAAAUUCCCACGCCUCCCUUCAGGGAAAAAUCUCACAGUUUUAAACCACGCCUCCCCUCUGGGAAAAAAAACUCCCACUUCUAAGCCACACCUCCCUUCAGGUAUUAUCAAGAAUGCGGUUGUUGCCAAUGCAGUUUUUGAGAUGCGCAGCACAAGAUUGAAGUACUUCCUCCGUCCUCGUACACUCUUCCCAUCUUCUUCUUUUUCCAACUUCACCUAUAUCUGCUCAAUGGACUCUACAUUCCACACUCCAUAUGAGGAGCAGCUGACUUCUGACGAGGCCGAGGAGGUUUAGCAGACUUCUGACGAGGCCGGGGAGGACAAGUAGACGGUGCCCGAGGUAUCCCCUUGUUCCGAGGAGGAGGAGGAGAAAAUUGAGGAGGACAAAAAUGAGGACAGUGUUGACGGACUGAUGCCUGAUUGGGCUGUUGAUACCAUAAAAUCUGCCAUUUAUCAUUUACUCAACCUGACUAUUCGCAACUACCGCAUCGAUCAGUGCUAUGGGUGUAAGAUCAGUCAUCCUAGACAGCAUGAAUGCUGGGAGGUGUUGGAGGACGAUUUUUUUCCUGGAACACUAUCACCGUUUGAUGAAAAGACUCAUAACCCCUCACUUUAUUCCUUCCAUUUAGUGUCUGCUGAUUAGCCACCACGUCCUCAUGAACGAUUUCAGAGUCCAGGUUGUGACAGGGACUCUCCUGCAUGAGUUGAGAUCGGUCAGGAAAAUCUACGCCACUCUCUCCGAUGUGUACGAAAAUCUGACUAGACAGGAUCCUGUGAAAAUCAACCAGCUGCAGAUCCUUGGUGACUGUUAUACCGUAGCUUGUUAAGACGAAAUUAACGGAUUUAUUAUUACCUUCGUGAAUUAUGAUUUUGGAAAACAAACAAAAAAUCCUGUAAAAAAACAAAACACAAAACAACAUGUAAGUUGUAAGUUUUUUUUUACCUUGUCAGAAUAUUCAGACUCUCUUAAUAUUGACUUUUUUAAAUCAUGUAAU